GGGGGCACCUUUCGUCAAACGGGCGAUACAUGCGGAACGACAACGGGCUGCGUUUGAAAGCUAGCCGCUAGCGGCCUCUUGGUGUGUCCUCGCUUUCUACCCGUGCGGUAAAGAUAGCCGGAAUGAUGAUGGAGGGGACUUGGAGAGAGGCAAGGAGAUCGCGUUCGGAGAUUACCCGCUCUCUCUCCGCCAAGAAAGGAGUCUGCGCCUCCGGCGUCUUUUCAGGGAGUUGGACAAAAAUAUGGGCUUGGAGAUUCCUGAAUACAGUGAAGCGGACAACUGUAUCGCAAGUUAGGCGAUUGCUUUGGAACGUUCCUAUAGAAGUGCAGCAGAGAAGACGACCGCAACACCUGUUCACCGGCAGCGUCCCUGUUCACUGGCAGUGCAAAAGAAGAAGACUGAACCAGAGUGUUAGCAGAUCGUCGAGGGAGAUGGAGGGCAGCAGCUUCCUCACUUGCGUGGGGGCUAGCGUCGCGUCGGCGUUCUUCGCUUCCCUAGAGCGAUGCUCUUGCAUCAACCUGAGCACCACCGAUGCCGAGGAUGAGGAGGAAGCCAACGAUCGCCCACUGAUGCUUACCAAGCCAAUCGUCCACGACUUCUCUGAGAACUUGCCAGAGGAAAAGCCGGCCCACGUCUGCGUCAAUGUUGGACCCUCCUGAGCAGCCUUCUUGCUCUCUGUGCCGUCGAAGAUUUAGGUUCCUAAUGUUCGGUGGAUGCUGUUUGCACCUAUCAGAGUUCAGAUUCAUUGUUAAAGUUGGAGUGAAAGCACUUGAUCUAUUGGUGGUUGCUGGUCUUGUUUGACAGGCUAUUUUGUCGCGUUUUGACAUUAGGAAUGAACAGCAGAAGACCACUAUAUAUGUUCUGUUUGUUCCAGUUAGUUUCAUUUUCAUGCUUAUACAUGUUUUUUUCUGCCUACCUCCUGACAGAUGGAGUCAAAUAAAUGAAAGGAAUCACUUUGUAAUAACGUUGUCUUCAUCAUCCAAACAUUCUUAUGAUAUUCAACAUUGAGCAUUUAAAGAUCAUCUAAACUUGUCUUUUUUA